UCCAGUGUGGAGCAUGACUGGAAUUCAAGCCCUGAGGAUCUUCUUCCUUCUCUGCCUGGCACCGGCUCUUUCCCCUGCCGUGAAGAUCAACGCCAAAGGCCGAGAGAUCAUCUAUCUGGCCAAGGGGGAGUCGGUGAAGUUGGGGUGUCCGUUUGAGCUGGAACCCCAAGAUGAUGGCCCCAAUGACUUGGACAUUGAGUGGACACAGAUGAAUGCUGAUCCCACCAAUUUGGACAAUGUGCAGUGUUGUUCUCUGCUUCCUGCCCAUCAGAUCUUGAGCUAUCAAGGCCAACAAGUGAUCCACCCUGGAUACCCAUAUUUGCACCCCAGGGGAGGGUCAGGAAACCAAGAUGCCGGCCGUUUCAGCAACCCGGGAUUUCAGCAAAGCGAAGGCGGUCAGCGGUUUGGGUCGGUCAACGAUUGCUGCAACGGCUUACAACAGCGGGUCAACUUCGCGGUCCCGGAUCCAAGCAAGUACGACGCGUCCAUCAAUCUCCAAAAUGUUCAGAUUUCCGACUCAGCCACCUACGAGUGCAAAGUGAAGAAGACUUCGGUGGCCAGUCGUAAAGUGACCGUCAUGGUGCUCGAGAAACCCUCGAUGCCACAUUGCUCCAUCUCAGGCAAGGUUUUCCUCGGCAACGAAAUCACCCUCCGCUGUGGCUCCCAAACCGGUAGCCCUCUCCUCAUGUACCGCUGGACCAAAAUGGCAGAUUACCCCAUCGAGAGUGGGCUGCCCCCGAAUACCAUGGCAGGUUCCAGUCCUGGGGAUUUAGUCAUUCACCAAGUAUCACCUAACCACCUUGGAGUUUACCAGUGCAUCGUCUCCAACAGAGUUGGGUCAGCUCGGUGCACGUUGGAGGUCUCUCAUGAUUCUCCCCUUCUGACCAUCAUCGUGGGAGCCGUCUUGGGCUCCCUGCUUUUCCUGGUGCUCCUCAUCUGUCUCAUCGUCUGUCUUGUCCGCUGUUGCAAGAAGAAGAAGGGCAGCCAGAAGGAAUCCAACCAGAUCAGAGUAGACACCGCUGCCCCCAGGCCCAGACGGGAGAGCCGUAACAGCAGCUUACGAUCCGUCUUGGGCUACAUCCCUCAAAAUAUCAGCUUCAUGCAACGUCGGAAAUACGAGUCCCCCCGGGAACAAGAAGGGGUCGAGAUGGUCUCUGCGAAUCAAGACCCAGAGCCGAGUUCGAAUUCCUGCACCUCGCCCCCAUCCUGCGGCCAUCCUUCCGUGGUCACCACCAAGGCCCGCGUUCACUACGACCUCAGCGGACCUUCCUACAGCCACGGGAAAUCUGCCGCCUCGGCGUCUUCUAACCUUCCAUCGUGCCACGAGAGUCCGAAUUCAGAUUCUCCCAUUUGCGACCGGGACGCAACUCACGGAAAACGGAGCCACCCGGGACAAUUUGGGGGCGUUCCCGUAAUGAUGCAGGCGAAAACCCGCGAAGGACUCGUCAUCUAA